UCAAGUUCCUGAACAACCUGAACCUGUCGCACAACUACCUGCACGAGACCGCCGACAUCGAGCAUCUCCGUCUGCUGCACGCUCUCACGAUCUUGGACAUUUCUCACAACAGGAUCGACACCUGCGACGUCGUUGACAUUCUGGGAGAUAUGAAGUCGUUGCGCGUCGUAACGUUGACCGGCAACCCGGUGCUGAAGCAGAUAAAGAUGUACCGCAAGACCAUGAUCCUCAAGUGCAAGAAUUUGCAGUACCUGGACGACAGACCGGUGUUUCCGCGUGAUCGUGCUUGCGCCGAGGCCUGGAUGCGCGGCGGUGUCGACGAGGAGGUGGCCGAGAGGAACCGGUGGGUCCAAGCGGAGCAGAAGAAGAUCAACGACAGCGUGAUGGGUGAGUAAAGGUUCGUCGGUUACGAGGUGGCUCGAAAUGGCCGCCCUUGGUCCCUUUGACUCCUUUCACCUGUUCUGCGAUCGGUCUUUGUUUACCUGUCGUCCGCCCUCGAAAGCCCUGAUAAACAAAAGGAAGCUGUACAAACCGGUCGGGACGUCCGAAAAGGAGAAGGCGGAUAAGAAGAAGAAGGA